CGUCUGGAGCUGAUCCGCGAGCCGCUGGCCGAAGGGGACAAAGAGUUGAUUCUGGCCAAGACUAACAAGGAGUUGGAGCGCCUGUUUGACGGCGCGGUGGGCGGCCUGGGCUCGGAUGUGGACGUUCAGCGGCUGUCGGGCGGCGCCCGUAUUAACGCCAUUAUGAACGACAAGUUUGGCGCAGAUGUGGGCCUCAUGUAUACCGACGAGUGUGAGAUCCGGCGCCAGAUAGUGGUCGCCAUACAGAAUAUUAACGGCGUUUAUAUCGGUAUAUUUCCGCCCGACGCCGCUUUCAAGGCCUGUGUUUUGCAUCAAAUCGAGCUGUUCCGGCGCCCAUCCAUGGCCUGUGUGGAGGCCGUCACCUCCGAGUUGCACGAUAUCGUACGCGAUUGUGUCGAUACUAUGGACACGUAUACCCCGAUCAAAGAGUUUUACACAAAACUGAGCCAACAGUUUGUGGACGAGUGUAAGAAACGGUGCAAACACUGUGUUGAGCACCUGAUCCGCGUCGAGAAAGCCUACCUUAACACUAAUAACGAGGAUUUCAUCAAAUUAUACAUCGAGAGUAUCGGUCAAAUCACUGUCGCUGAACCGACUACAGGUGCCGCCGCGGCUCAGGUCCCGGUGCCGAUCACUGAAGGGACAAGUGGUGGCGCUGGCGGUACCGCCGGUGGCAGUGUUGGCGCUGGUAGUGAUCACCCGAGUAAUUACAAGGGCGACAGUUUGCCGUUUACAAUGUUGCCCGAGGAUGAGUUGGUGUCGAGCACCUGCACCGAGUCGACCGUCGGCGCCGCCAGUGUCGACGGCCAGACCAUACCGGCCCACAUGCGGGUACAGGUGGAACAGAUCAAGCGUUUGAUCGACGCCUAUGUCGUGUUACUUAAGAAAAAGUUUAGGGAUCAUUUACCAAAACUUUGUACACUGGAACUGAUCCACGCGACCAAAGAGUUCAUUGGGACGGCGUUAAGAGUCCGCAUCCGAGACCACAUCCACACCAUCGACGACAUCAGCGGCGGUGAAGAUCCCGACAAAGAGUUGCGAUUAGAUUUGCUUAAUAAACAACAGCACUAUUCCGAUGCCAUCGAGAUAUUGAGGUCAUAUAGGGAUGACUGGACUGUUUGA